GUGGGUUAGUGAUAUGCCUGAAAUUUCUUGCUCAGUUAUAUGCUCCCGGAGAGAAAAGCUUUACAUUCUUGUACUUUUUAGAGUUCCGACUUACUAUAAAAUUUUUUAUACCUCAAUAAUAUUAUAAUUGGUUGAUUACAAGAGCGUUUAAUCUUUUUUAAAAUUAGGGAUAAAUGUGGACAGCUACGUAAAACGAACAAGGAAGGCGGGGGGAGGAAAGCGGAAGCCGCGGGGCCUUCUAAGUCCGAAAGUCUCCGGAGCUUGCGACAGGCUCUUCGCGGCGCCCCCCACUUAGACGCGGGGCUUCUGAGCGGGUGGGGGAGAAGGAACUGUUGCGGGUUCGGAGACACGGCGGCCAGCGUCUGCAGGGAUGAACCUCGAGUUGCUGGAGUCCUUUGGGCAGAACUAUCCAGAGGAAGCUGAUGGAACUUUGGAUUGCAUCAGCAUGGCCCUGACUUGCACCUUUAACAGGUGGGGCACACUGCUUGCUGUUGGCUGUAACGAUGGCCGAAUUGUUAUUUGGGAUUUCUUGACAAGAGGCAUUGCUAAAAUAAUUAGUGCACACAUCCAUCCAGUCUGUUCUUUGUGUUGGAGUCGAGAUGGUCAUAAACUCGUGAGUGCUUCUACAGAUAACAUAGUGUCACAGUGGGAUGUUCUUUCAGGAGAUUGCGACCAGAGGUUUCGAUUCCCUUCACCCAUCUUAAAAGUCCAAUAUCAUCCUCGAGAUCAGAACAAGGUUCUCGUGUGUCCCAUGAAAUCUGCUCCUGUCAUGUUGACCCUUUCAGAUUCCAAACAUGUUGUUCUGCCGGUAGACGAUGACUCGGAUUUGAACGUGGUGGCAUCUUUUGAUAGGCGAGGGGAAUAUAUUUAUACAGGAAAUGCAAAGGGCAAGAUCUUGGUCCUAAAAACAGACUCUCAGGAUCUUGUUGCUUCCUUCAGAGUAACAACGGGAACAAGCAAUACUACAGCCAUUAAGUCAAUUGAGUUUGCCCGGAAGGGGAGUUGCUUCCUGAUUAACACAGCAGACCGAAUAAUCAGAGUUUAUGAUGGUAGAGAGAUUCUAACGUGUGGAAGGGAUGGAGAGCCUGAGCCCAUGCAGAAACUACAGGACUUGGUGAAUAGGACUCCAUGGAAAAAAUGUUGCUUCUCUGGGGAUGGGGAGUACAUCGUGGCAGGCUCUGCAAGGCAGCAUGCACUGUAUAUCUGGGAAAAGAGCAUUGGCAACCUGGUGAAGAUCUUGCAUGGGACCAGAGGGGAGCUCCUGCUGGAUGUGGCUUGGCAUCCAGUUCGACCCAUCAUAGCUUCUAUUUCUAGUGGAGUGGUGUCCAUUUGGGCCCAAAAUCAAGUAGAAAAUUGGAGUGCAUUUGCACCAGAUUUCAAAGAGUUGGAUGAAAAUGUAGAAUAUGAGGAAAGAGAAUCAGAAUUUGAUAUUGAGGAUGAAGAUAAGAGUGAGCCUGAGCAGACAGGUGCUGAUGCUGCUGAAGAUGAGGAAGUGGACGUCACCAGCGUGGACCCCAUCGCUGCCUUCUGUAGCAGUGAUGAAGAGCUGGAAGAUUCAAAGGCUCUAUUGUAUUUACCCAUUGCCCCUGAGGUAGAAGACCCUGAAGAAAAUCCGUAUGGCCCCCCACCGGAUGCAGUUCCAACCUCCUUGAUGGAUGAAGGGGCUAGUUCAGAGAAGAAGAGGCAGUCUUCAGCAGAUGGGUCCCAGCCACCAAAGAAGAAACCUAAAACAACCAAUAUAGAGCUCCAAGGAGUGCCGAAUGACGAAGUCCAUCCACUACUGGGUGUGAAGGGGGAUGGCAAAUCCAAGAAGAAGCAAGCAGGCCGGCCUAAAGGAUCAAAAGGUAAAGAGAAAGAUUCUCCAUUUAAACCGAAACUCUACAAAGGGGACAGAGGUUUACCUCUGGAAGGAUCAACGAAGGGUAAAGUGCAGGCGGAACUCAGCCAGCCCUUGGCAGCAGGAGGAGCAAUCUCAGAACUACUAUGAAGACCGUGAAGUUCUUGGUUCUUCUCACUUUGUCGUCAGGUAGCCUUUGGACAGUGUGGCCAAUCAUCUAAGAUUGGCUUUAGUUGAAAACAAAGGCCUCUGCCUCCCACCUAGGAGGUGAAGGAGUGGAUUUUAUGUUUGAAUGAAGAAGUGAAUUAUGGAAGAAGAGCACACAUCCCUGCCUUCCCUUUCAAGCAUAAGUCCAAAUAGGCUCUCAGGAACGAGGAUGCGUGAAGACGCCAGGAGAUUUGACCCACUUCAACUUCACACGAGGUUGUGUUGCUGGUGAAGAAUGCCCAUGUUUUGUUCACCUAACUGUUGAAGUCACACCUUUGGACAUGUCAUUUCCCAUCUCCUGUUUGCCUUCCAUCCUCAAUGCAUGUCCUCGAGUGACUUGUUCUUUUCUGAAAAUUUGCUACCAGUACCUAGGAAAACUGAUGCAUUUUCUGUUUCUUUCAUUCAUAACUUUCCCCUCCUGAAUGCUUCCUGUAUUUCUAUAUUGUGUAUAAAGGUUGGGCAGAAAAGCAAGUGCUCGAAAGAUUUCAAACUGGCAGGAAAGGAAGGAAGAGAGAAGGCCCAUAUCACUCUGUCUUACCAGAACCUUUGCUCAGGAGGCUGGGCUCUAGAGAAUCAGGGGUUUCCCUUGCAUUGCAUGUUUUCCAGUAUCAGAUCUGUUUGAAUAAUCAUGGUUUUGGGGUAUGAUUAGUUUUAUCCAUCUCCAGCUAAGAAUCAUCAGUAGUUUGUAUAUUACUUUACCUGUGUUGACUUCCAGAGUUAGAAACAAAGCAAGGUGUGUUUCUCCACAAGGUUUGUUUUUUAUGGGUGUGGCGCACUGUGCAGGGACUGACCUGAGAUCCCCAAAAUCAAAGCAACAGCAGCCCACUUGAAAUCAAAGAUCAGGUUUGUUCGUUAAAUCAUUUCCUGUGGAGAACCUGUCCCCAGCAGCCGUAGUGUAUCCUUUCCUGGAGCCACGUCCCUUUUACUGUCUUUUCACUCAACUUCCUUUCUGUGAAAGGUUGCUUAGCUUUUUACCCUUCUCUUUCUCACUCUGGCUCUCUCUGCAUUUGCUGUUCUUUUAAUAAAAAUAGCAAAUUGAAUGGAUUUGUACAAUAAGUGUUUGAAAUUUUCUGAAAAUCCAAAGUCAGGAAGCCGAGUGUGCAAAGGGUUAGUGACGCCUCUGGCAAUAGCUUGACUUGCCCUGGGUCAUACUCUCUCAGCACGGAAAGGAGGUUUAAAUACUAUGCUAAUUGUGAAAUCUCUAUCAGUUGGUGGAGGCUCCUUCAGACAGCCAAACCCAUUGAUUACAUUGUACUGUGGGGUAGAGGUGACAGGGGACACAGCAGGAAGUCUCCAGUGUCAUUCUGGUGCUGCUUCCUCAAGUGUGAGUGAGACCAAUGGUUGUGAUUGGUAAGUGGCUCACAGGACAUGUUUUUAUUUGUACACGUUAUCUCCAUGUCAUGUCUGUACAGCACAUCGUAGUGGUGUGCAAACUGAUACAGGGGUUCCUGCCUUCCCUGUGUGAAGUGGCUUGAUUUCCUCCAUCUGGAUGCUAAUGCUGUGUCCAUUUCCAUUAACGAGCUACUGAGUAAAUCAGCUCAAACCCUGCCGGAUUGUGUCUGGCAGCAGCUCCUAAUAAUUAUUUAUGCUUUUGGAAUCUUUUCGUCAGCUUCUAGAACCUUCCAUCCACUUUCAGCUCAGAUUUUUGAUUGUGUAAUAUAUGUAUAUUCUCUUCUUCCUUGCUGUGAUCUUCCCUGCCUCUCUCUGUUUUGUUUCUUAAAAUGUUCUGUAGUUUUGUACAAGAUGAGACUUAGCCUUGGAUACUUCUUGCUAAAGCUUUAAUGCUUUGUAAAUAAAAUUGGAUGUUUAUUAAACCACAA